AUGGUGCGUGCCGCACCAGCCUCUGCCGCCUGCUCGAUGACCCCUCUCAAGGUCGUCCAGGCCGGCGACGUCGUCUUUGCCUCGUCCGCGAUCGACAACAUCCAGGCCGCCCUCAACCAGGACGGCGUCGUCUCGAAGGACAACCUCGACUCGGUCAUCGACAUCGUCGACAACCUCGUCGUCGGUAUGCGAGACGCGUCCGAGGAGUACGAGAUCGACGCGCGCUCGCUCCACCUCCUGCACGUCGCCGUCGUCCCCCUCCUCGACGAGGCGCAGCUCGGCACCUGGCUCGAGCACGUCGGCCGAGCAGGCGCCAGCACCGGCGACGGCGGCGGGGCGGGCACGGGCAAGGGCAAGGCGGUCGACGUCGCCGACUGGGAGGAGCGCGCGAGGAGCGAGCAGCAGCGGUACGAGCGGUACCUCGUCGAUGCCGGCCAGCUCGCCGCCCGCACGCCAUGGGGCACCCUCCCCAACGUGCCCUGGCGCGGCGUCAACUGGUCGACGUCGGCCGACUUUGGCAAGUGCGUCGUCAGCCUGCUACGCCUCGUACUCCACCUCGACGCCCACGGCCGCGAGCUCCUUCCGCGCCCGUCGCCCAACGACAUGCAGGCGACCAUCCAGGAGUGCACAACUCGCGCGAGCAAGGCGCGCGGCACGUGGGGCCGCUCCACCAUGACGGCGGUCCUCGCCAAGGUGCGCGCCGAGCAGCGCGGCGUCGUCCUCGCGUCGACUGUCGCACCCGCCGGCCCGUCGACCUCGACCACCGCCGCCGCCGCCGCCGCCGCCACGCCGGCCGAGCGCGCGUACCAGGCGCUCGAGAUCGCGUUCGAGCACGGCUUUCUCUCGACGACCACCGCCCUCGUCGCCUUGGCCGCAGCGCAGCGGCAGCACGACGUCGUCGUGUCGGACCUCGACCAGCGGCGCCAGCUCGUCACCGCCGCACGGGCCCAGGCCGAGGCGGUCGAUCCUCGGAGCGAGGCGAGCGGGUCCUACAGCCGCAACUCGCUCCUCGAGCUGCAGCGACGGGCGUCGCACGAGGCCAGCGCCUACUACGGCGAGUUCAUGCGGCGCGUCAUCGUCGACGCCGACGAGGCGGCUCGCCUCGGCCGCGCGCAGUUCCCGGUCAACAACGUCGUCGCCGUCGGCCGACUCGACGUCCUACGCCACGUGAGCGCUCGACGACAGCGACUCGUCGCGACGGCCAAGGAGCGGCGCGAGCGCGAGUACCGGCAGGCGGCCGCCGACCUCGUCGACAAGAUCCUCGGCGGCGAGUUGCACAAGGGCAAGCCGUACCCGGCCAACAAGAAGCUCGCCAUCUUCGUCGGCGCCGGCAUCUACGCGCGCUCGGGCCAGCAGCAGGGCGCCCGGAUCACGGCGCCGCUCCUUCGGGCGGUCGAGCUCGAGCUCAAGUCGCGCAAGACGAGCGUUCGAGGCCGCCAGAUCGACUACAAGAUCUUCAUUACGCCCGAGGACUUUACGUCGCAGUGCUGCGGGAACCCCGACUGCGUCGACGGCGACGACCGACGGUCAAGGGUCGUGCACGCGUCGCUCGACAGCGGCGUCAAGGACUCGCGGCUGUGCUGCUUCGGCUAGAAUGUGCUCAGCUUAACAACACGGCACAGCUCGUCGUACACCCCAACCUGAGCCACCUCGACCGGUACAGGCGCCCCUCGCUCGC